CGUGUUGAAUUCGUUCCCCCCGUUCAUAGGGGUUUGGAUCUGAGGCACGCCCAACGACUUCCUCCAUUGUCCUUCUUUCCGGGAUACUCUACGAGGAAGGAUGGCUCAGAAUAAUUACUUCGGUUUUACACACGGCGGAACGCAAUAUGGCGCAACUAGCGCUGCCGCUUAUCAAACAGGACAACCGGGAUACGCGGUAACGCCAGCAGCCACAGCAGCCACGUACACCCAAAGACCUGCUGCCGCCGCAGCAACGAGUUACGAGACUUAUCAAGCUGCUGCAGCUGCAGCUGCCACAGGAACGACCUACGCCGUAGCUAACGCGGGGACAGUACCCCAGACUUACGACUACGGUUACGGGCGUGCGGCACCUGCAGCCACUUACGACGCUACUAAGACGUAUUACCAGCAACCCGCCGCAGCUCCGGCUACCUACACAACAACCGAGACUCAUUACCAGGCCGCCAAACCGGCCUACAGUACAACCAGUGCUUACACGGGCACGGCCCGCCAAGCUACGACUACUGGACAAGCCAAAACUUACCAGGCAUCCAGCACCGCUUAUCAACAGUCCAAUCCUACCCAAAGCGCAACUUAUUCAACGGGAUACACAGCACCUGCCACUCCGGCUGCCACUGCCUCUACAGCAACAAACAAAACGGCGAGUACAACGUAUUCCGGCUACGACGCGGCGCUCUAUAGCGCCGCGACCAUGUACGUAGCCCAACAGAGCGCAAACAGCAACACAACUAACCAAAAGUCUGGAGGUUGGCAGGGUUAUGGCAGGAAGGGAUUUGGGGCUGGAGGCGGAGCGAUGAAGUCGAUGCGUCCUAAGCAAACUCCCAAACCUCAACAACUCCACUAUUGCGACGUCUGCAAGAUAAGCUGUGCCGGACCGCAGACUUAUCGAGAGCACUUGGAGGGUCAGAAGCACAAGAAGAAGGAAGCUUCCCUCAAAGUUCCCCAGCAGCCGCCAGCCAGGGGUGCCGGCAACUCCCUUCGAUGCGAACUCUGCGACGUUACUUGCACUGGCAAUGACGCCUAUGCUGCCCACAUCAGAGGAGCUAAACAUCAGAAGGUCGUCAAGCUCCACACCAAACUAGGAAAACCCAUACCAAGUGCAGACCCAACGGUUCUCAACCCCAAACCAGCUGCCGUUGCCAAGGCAACAGUUACUAAAAAAGCAACCGUCACGGCAACGCCUAAAAUUAAUUUUGUUGCAUCCGGCAAUUUAGGCACUGUUGCCCAGCCUCCUGUAACCGGUGCUGAAGUCAAACAGGAGGAGCCUGUCGCAGACGACGCAAGCGAAGAAGCUGCGAUCGACGAGAAGGAUAUCCAACCUGUGGGACAGGAGUAUAUUGAAGAAAAUAAGUCUGAGGAUGGCAAGAUCAUUAGCUUCAACUGCAAGUUGUGCGAAUGUCGGUUCAACGACCCCAAUGCCAAAGAUAUGCACAUGAAAGGAAGACGCCACAGAUUUGCUUACAAGAAAAAGGUCAAUCCUGACCUUGUCGUCGACAUGAAGCCGAGUCUGAAACAGCGUAAAAUGUUGGAAGAAAAACUUCGCCGCCAGCAGAUCAGAGACGAGUAUAUGAGACGCAGGGAAGAAAUAAACCAACUGGGUCCUCUGGGGCCGAUGGGUCCGAUGAUGGACGAAGAAAUGAUGUACUGGGAAGAACGAAGGCGAUACGAAGAUGAGUGCGAAUAUUACGAGUGGUAUCGUCGCUAUGGAAGAGGGCCUGGCGCCCCGCCGCUACCUCGUCCAUUCCCUGGGCCUCCGCCCAUGAUGAUGUUCCCUGGUCCGCAAAGACGUCCCGAGUCUUCUGACGAUAAACACGUGUUGUCUCAUCACUCCACAAUUUACCCUAAAGAGGAGGAGCUACAGGCUGUGCAGAAAAUAGUUUCCCAUACCGAGAAGGCGCUCAAAUUUGUUUCAGACACAUUGGCUGAGGCUGGAAAAAAACCGACACCAGCUGCUGCAGCUGCGCCUCCUACGCCUGCUGCGGUAGCCACACCUGCUGCCGCCACAACUCCAGCAGCAGUCAAGGAGGAAGUCGUUGUCAAAAAGGAAAGCGAGCCCGAGAAAAAACCACCCCAAGCUGCGCCGCAGAAAGAAGAUGGCAGCGAUGGCAACCUCUUCUCUUUCCAAAAAGAAAAAGAAGAUUCCAGAAUCUUACGUGGAGUCAUGAGAGUGGGAAAUCUCGCUAAGGGACUUCUGCUCUCCGGAGACAACCACGUCUGCCUGGUCGUUUUGUGCGCGGAAAAACCCACCAAGACGCUGUUAAACAAAGUAGCAGAGAUUCUGCCAACGCAGUUGAAAACUGUCGCUCCGGAGGACACUUACAACGUCGGAAAGCACCCAGAAUCUGCAGCUCUCACAGUAUCCGGUGGAUCCGUCACGGUCAGCGUUACCUUGACCAGUCCUCUGAUGCGCGAGACACCAAAGACAACAGCACCUGCCGAGAAUGCUGGACAGCAGCAACAGGGAGCUUCGCAACCGCAAGCAACACCAGCGACGCCUGCUGCUGCAACGAAACCAGACCCACCAGACGUACUUCCCAAGGCUAAGUGUUUGGAGGCUUUAGCUGCACUCAGGCAUGCCAAGUGGUUUCAGGCUAGAGCUACUUCGCUCCAGAGCUGCGUAAUGGUUAUUCGUAUCAUGCGAGAUCUUUGCAACAGAGUACCAACGUGGGGACCACUGAAUGCAUGGGCGUUGGAGCUGCUGGCUGAGAAAGUCAUUAGUACUGCGGGAGGUCCUUUGAGUCCUGGAGAGGCGCUGAGAAGACUUUUGGAGUGUGUAGCUGGCGGAAUACUCUUGCCGGGAAGUCCAGUUAUUUCCCCAGGUCUUCUGGACCCCUGCGAAAAGGAGCCGGUCGACGCCAUAGGGAGUAUGACGGCUCAACAGCGAGAGGAUAUAACAGCAUCGGCGCAGCACGCGUUGCGAUUAGUUGCCUUCAGACAAAUCCACAAAGUUCUUGGCAUGGAACAACUUCCCCCACCAAAAUACAAGGGACGUUUUACGCGAAAACGUAGACGUGACAACAGUAACUGCGAGGGAACGGACAGCGAAGCAUCUAAGAAGGAUAAAAAAGCCGAAGAGAUUAAAAUGGAGACAGACACUAAGUAACUACUGUAAGAAUAUGAAAAACAAACAAACUUUCAAUUCAAUUUUCAAAAAUUAUUACUAUUAUUAUUAUUAUUAAUAUUAUUAUCAUUACAAAACAACAACAACAUACUAUUAAAUUUUACGCUGUACUUUUAAUUUCUUUCCACUUGCUAAAAUGAUUGAUGUAAAUGAGAUACUUAUAUUAUUAAGAAAAAUAAUAAUAAUAAUAAUAUUUAAAAAUAAUAGUAAUUUGGUCAACGACACGAGUGGUCUUCGAAUAAUGAAAUGAUGUUCCUUCGCUUCGGAGAGAGAGAAAAAACAAGAAAUGAAGACAAAUGAGACAAAACCAACGUGAAUUAUUAAAAAUUCAUUUGCUAGUUCCAAGUCGUGUAAUUAUUAUUAUUCGUGACGUUAUUUUUACUAUUAUUAUUAUUAUUAGUAUUACCGUAGGUUAGUUUAGCGACUGGUAUGAAAUUUAUCGACUGAGUAAUAAACGACGUUUCAGUUAUUUAUUUAUUAUUAUUAUCAUUAUUAUUUUUUUAACGUUUUUUUUUUGUAAAUUUUUCGUCCAACCGAAUCGAGUGAAGAGAGAAAAAAGAGAACGAAAAGUGUCAGGGUGAUAAUGAAAGGAAAGAUUUGAAAAGUAGAGGAGAAAAAAAGCAACGAAAUUCGAAUGCAAAGAAGAAAGAUAGAAAAAAAGAAAUGAACGAAUUUUUGAAAAAGCUUACAUUAGAUGAAAAAAAUAAUUUUAUCACGAUCUUAAUUGUUUCAAAUUGUGCUUUAAAUAAUUAUUUGGUUAAUUAUAUUAAUCGAAUUAAUUCAGCAUGUUACUCUCGAGUCACAAUAAUGUAAGGAGGAGAGUAUUUUAUUUUAUUUUUUUUUGGUUUCGUUUCAAGUACGAUAUACAUAUAAUUAUGUAUGUGGAUACAUAUAUUAUAUACUUAUAUAUACUACAUGUGUGUGUAUGUAUAUAUAUAUAUGUGAUUAUUGAUUUAAAUAAUAAGAAUCGUACGAGUAAAGUUUAAGCGUAGCAAGUAGUAGUUUGUAAAUCAGACUCAAUGUGAACGUGUAUUUUCUCGUGUGUGUAUUCGUGCGAAAGCGAAGAGAGAAAAAAAAAAAUUCAAACCAAACGGAAUAAUGAAAAAAAAAAUGAAAAAACUAUUGAGAAAGUAAUGAAAAAAAAAAAAAAAAAAAUUCAGGAAAGAAAAAACGGGGUUGUGAAAUAAAAAAACCCAAAAAACGACUAAAAUGAAAGUUUCAACGAAUUGAGAUUUCUUUCAUUUGAUAUUCCUCGGUCUGUAAUAUCGUUCACUUAACGCGGAUACAUGUGAAAAAUGCAGAAAAUAAAAAACGAAAAUAUACAAAAAAUGAAAACGAAAAUAAAUUAAAUAGAAAGUA